CUUUACUCUACCACAGUAAAACAACAAUCAACUACAAAAUAAUCAAAAUGUUCAAAUACUUCGCUCUCGUAUUCGUGGCCCUCUUCGCCUUUACUGCUGCCGAGCCUAAACCCGCAGUUGUCGCACCAUUGGCCUACUCUACUCCAUUGGUGGCUUCGCCCUACGCCGCCGCCUACGCUUCUCCGUAUGCUGCCUAUGCUGCUACUCCUUAUGCCGCCUACGCAUCACCUUACGCUGCUUACUCUGCUUACCCAUACAGCGCUGCUUAUUUGCUUCGCAAAUAAAUGAGUGACGCAUAUAAAUAUUUUUAACAGAGACUGAAUGUGACUGUUCAUUUGAUUAGCGAGUUUUUCGAGAAUGAUAGAAAACAAUAAAUGAAAGAUUUUAAAC